AUGGCGCAAUCUGUAGUGAUGAUAACGGUAUCUCCGUCGCUAAUAUUUUUACGACAGGACGGUAUGACGCCCUCCCCUGCGUUACGUCAUGCGCUCUGCGUGCGUGCGUGCACGUGCUGGAAGGAGGAUCCUUCGCGCAGGCAACGGCGGAAGCGUUCAGCAAUCAAGUGGACGCCUGGCGAUGGUUCAGGGUCCACCACCGUUUAA